AUUGCUCCUGCUAGAGGUGGAGUGCAUGCGCCUAGAGGGUGAGGCCACAGCGGCUGGAACAUGGAGAGACCGAGCUUCCGCUUUCUCCAGCAAGAACAGGCUCCAGGAACGUGAAGAAAAGAUAACCAGCAUCUGGGUAGGUGGAGUCAGCUGUCUUUGCCCCCAGAAGCUCAGAGCUAAAGCAUUUUCACUCACUCCUCUGGGGCCUCAUGCUCAAGCCUCAGCCUCAGCCACUCCUGUCCCUACCUUCUCUUCCUCCUAACAGGACAGAAGCUGUUGCACCCGGCACCCUCCCCUCUGCAGAGGGGAGUUUAUCAGAGGCCCACAUAACUAUAAUUAUUUGUGAGCCUCUGAUUAUAGUACAACCUGCCGGAUUAGCUCACCGGAUUAGCCACUCAGGAGCCAGGCUCAGCCCACCAGCAAGCUGCAGGCCCCAGACACUGCAAAGCCAACAGAGCCGGCCAGGUGCCCAGGUUGGACGAAGAGCCUGGUGUGGCAGGAUGGAUGCUUCUCCUGAGCCCCACCAGAAGGGUGGGACACUGGUGCUAGUGCGACGGCAGCCCCCUGUGUCCCAGGGCCUGCCGGAAAUGCUGACGGCCAGACUGAAGCGGAGCUGCACCUGCAGUGUGCCCUGUGCUCAGGCUCUGGUGCAGGAUCUGUUUCCUGCCUUACGCUGGCUGCGCCAGUACCGCCCUAAGGAGCACCUGGCAGGUGAUGUGAUGUCUGGAUUAGUCAUUGGCAUUAUCCUGGUGCCGCAGGCCAUAGCCUACUCACUGCUGGCUGGGUUGCAGCCCAUCUAUAGUCUCUAUACUUCCUUCUUUGCCAACCUUAUCUACUUUCUCAUGGGCACCUCACGCCACGUUAAUGUGGGCAUCUUCAGCCUGCUGUGUCUCAUGGUGGGUCAGGUAGUGGACCGAGAACUCCAAUUGGCUGGCUUUGACCCCUCCCACGAUUCUCAGGGGCCCAAGAACAAUGGUAGCACCCUCAACAACUCAGCUACACUGAUGCUUGGGCUACAGGAUUGUGGACGGGACUGCUAUGCCAUUCGAAUUGCCACGGCACUCACUCUGAUGGUCGGGCUUUAUCAGGUCCUCAUGGGUGUCCUCCGGUUGGGCUUCGUGUCUACCUACCUCUCACAACCACUGCUCGACGGCUUUGCUAUGGGAGCCUCCGUGACCAUCUUGACAUCUCAGGCCAAACACCUGCUGGGCGUGCGGAUCCCUCGGCACCAGGGCCCAGGCAUGGUGGUCCACACGUGGCUGAGCCUGCUGCAGAGUGUGGGACAGGCCAACGUGUGUGACGUCAUCACCAGUGCUGUGUGCCUAGGAGUUCUGCUGGCAGCUAAGGAGCUCUCAGACCGCUACCGGCAUUCCCUGAAGGUGCCAGUACCCACAGAGCUCUUAGUCAUUGUGGUGGCCACAACUGUGUCCCACUUUGGACAGCUCCAUACGCGGUUCAGCUCAAGUGUGGCUGGCAACAUUCCCACUGGUUUUGUGGCCCCACAGGUACCGGACCCUAAGAUAAUGUGGCGUGUGGCCCUGGAUGCCAUGUCCCUGGCCCUUGUGGGCUCAGCCUUCUCUAUUUCCUUGGCAGAAAUGUUUGCCCGUAACCAUGGCUACUCUGUCCGUGCCAACCAAGAGUUGCUGGCUGUGGGCUGCUGCAAUGUGCUGCCUGCUUUCUUCCACUGUUUUGCUACCAGUGCUGCCCUGUCUAAAACCCUGGUGAAGAUAGCCACCGGCUGCCAGACCCAGCUGUCCAGCGUGGUCAGUGCUGCUGUGGUGUUGCUGGUGCUGCUGGUGCUGGCUCCGCUCUUUCACGAUCUGCAGCGAUGUGUGCUAGCCUGUAUCAUCGUUGUCAGCCUGCGGGGGGCGCUACGCAAGGUGAAGGACCUCCCGCAGCUCUGGCGCCUGAGCCCUGCUGACGCACUGGUCUGGGUGGCCACCGCGGCCACCUGCGUGCUGGUCAGCACCGAGGCUGGACUGCUAGCUGGAGUGUUCUUCUCCCUGCUCAGCCUGGCGGGCCGCACGCAGCGGCCACGGGCUGCCCUUCUUGCUCGCAUUGGAGACUCAGCCUUCUACGAGGAUGCGGCUGAGUUUGAGGGCCUCCUGCCCCCGCCCGAGGUGCGAGUGUUCCGUUUCACAGGUCCACUCUACUAUGCCAACAAGGACUUCUUCCUGCGGUCGCUCUACCGCCUAACAGGGCUGGAUGCAGGGCACUCGGCCACCAGAAAGGACCAGGGACCGGAGAUGGGUGUCGGAAAUCUUGCCGAUGGCAAGGAUCCGGGUUCAGUGAGCAGCGGGGCUGGGCUGGUGCUGCCCCUGGCGUUUGGGUUCCACACAGUGGUCAUUGACUGUGCGCCACUGCUGUUCCUGGAUGUGGCUGGCAUGGGCACCCUGAAGGACCUGCGCAGAGACUGCAGGGCCCUGGAUAUCACCCUGCUGCUUGCUUGCUGCAGUCCCUCAGUGAGAGACACGCUGAGGAAGGGGGGCUUCCUUGGAGAAGACCAGGGCGCUGAAGAUGAACUACUGUUCCCCAGCGUGCACAGUGCUGUGGAGGCCGCGCAAGCGCGCCGUGAGGAGCUGCUGGCUGUGGAUUCUGCCUUUUAGCAGGGCCCACUUCCUCAAGAGCCAAGACCAUGCCCACAGCCAGUACUGAGCUCCUUUGUAGGAGUGAUAUGAAGGAUAAAGUCAUUAGAGAUACACCCUUGGACCACCUAUGCCCUGGAGAAGGCAGGGAAUUCCAAUUAGGAAAGGAUUCCAAACAUUGUGUGAGUGAGACCCUCUACCUCUGAGACCACUGCUGCCCCCUGGUGCCUACUCAACUCGGGUAGCUGCAGGGCACCAAGGGUUCCUCAGCUGAGGCACUGCAGUUUGAUAUUCUAGGGGUCGCCCUUCCGAAACAGUCCUGCAAACUGUGUGUCCUCCAAGACGCCAAAAGGACCCUUUCCCACCCCCUGCACCCCCAGGUACCAGGAAUGAGCUGCCCUGUUCCAGAGCAGACGGUCCAGUGUGUAACCCCAACCUGACCUCCACACACAACGUCUCUGUACAGCUUAUACUAGUGACCAGUGUGGCACAUGCACGUCCAAAGCCAGGCACAGCAGACCCAACCCCAUUCUGUACCUCUAAGAAAACCUCAGGAGGAAAUCACAUGUGCUUCCUCCGGGGGCUGCCCCUGGUACAGCCAAGCAGACAUUCCCCUCCUCCUCUGCCCUACAGGAUCCUCUAACAGGAAGUACACAGCUCCAGCCCUGUGCCCUACCAUGAUGCUCCCCCACCCAGAGCCCAGCACUGUGCUCCACAGCCGGCCCGACAAAGGCCAAGCAAAGGCCACCCCAGCACCUCUGAAGGUCAGGCUCUGCCCAGCAGCUCCCAGGGCGCCCAGCUUAUCACCCACCUGGCUGUGACGAGGUCCAGCAGCCAGUGUACCCGGACCUGUUCAAUGCCGCUGUGAGGGACGGCGCCUAUGUAGGCAAGGUUCAGUUGCUGGUCCCAGCCAAGGUCGUACUGGUCAGCGUGGUCGUGAGGCAGUGGGGGGCUGGGGACAGGACGAAGAAGUGACAUGUUUGCAGGGGCCUGCAGCAGAGUAGACUCCACACGUGCACAUGAACAUGUAUGUUCACGAUCAUAUCACAUGAUCCUUGCACAUGAACAGUGUAUGUCUCCGCAGUAUAUGAUAAAGUAGCCUUUCACCAGAA